GUUUGUGCGUGUGAAAGAUUAGUGUGCUUCUUGGUUUUGUGUGGCUAAUUAUCAAGAUUCGAUUUUUCGAGAAAAAAAUGUUCUUUUUUCUUGUUUAUAGUGAUGUUGAAUGUGUUCUGUUUUUCUAGCCAAUGUUUUAUUUCUUUUAAAUGAGGGAUUUUUUUUUAUGGUGGAUUGUUUUUCUUAAUUCUUGAACUGAAAUUGUUCUUGCUGGAGUUGCUGUCUUACUGAAUUCUGCUGAUUUUUUAUUGGUCUUGAUAUCCUACCAUAGGUAAUCUCUCUCUCUUUCUCUCUCUCUCUCUUUGCUUCUUGAGCUCAGAUUUCCAUAGCUUCUUGGUUCUUUUAAGAAACAUAUUGAUCUAUUUGAGAGAAAGAGUGAGAGAGAGAGGGUGAAAAAACAUCCGAUCUUGUAAGAAAUAGGUGAUUGAUUAAGUUAAAAGUGUGGAUGUUGGCAAUCAUAGCUGUUUUCUUUUUAAGUAAAACAGAAUAAACUACUAUUCCAUUAUUGAUGAUCAGACCUUUUACUACUAUAAACAAUUGAUAUUAUUCAUUCCAUUUCAGGCAGAAUUUUAAGGUAUGGAUUCUUGUCUUCCUGAUUGGAACACUGAUGUUGGAGGUGAAUUCCCUGUCCCUCUUCAAAGAAAACCUUGGGGAUUAGAGAAUGAGCUGGUUGAGCUGUUGUGGCAAAAUGGGGAGAUUGUGUUGCAUAGUCAAACCAAUAGGAAGCAAUCAAAGCAAUCACAUGGUGAUGGGACAGUUUCAUGGAUUGAUUGCCCUAUUGAUGAACCUUUUGAGAGGGAAUUCUGUGCUAAUUUCUUGUCUGAGAUCCCUCCAUCAGAAGGUUUUGCUCCGCCUCCUCCUCCGAGAUUUGAGGCGGCUGAGGUGCCCGGUAAAAGCCUGGAGUGCUCUGGAAUGACUGUCGGGUCGAGCCAUUGUGCGAGCAACCAAGUUGUGAAUAAAGUUGACAUGAGCUGGGCUUCUAGCUCUGGGGUUGGGAAGGCAUUAAACGAGGGCGUGGAGAGGGAGGCACCCGGGCAGGCUAGGACGUCUGCCUCUGGUGGAUCUGGUAGUAGUAGCCUGUGGAAAACGAGCAGCCUGUCGAAUGAGACGAGCAGGCACAAGAGGAAGAGCCGUGACAUGGAAGAGUCUGAAUGCCCGAGUGAUGCGACUGAGUCGGAGUCGGCUGCAGGGAACAAGGCGAAGAACGGGGCUGCUCGUAGGAGCCUCGUGGCUGAAGUGCAUAACAUGUCUGAGAGAAGGCGAAGGGACCGGAUCAACGAGAAGAUGAAGGCGUUGCAGGAGCUCAUCCCUCAUGCAAACAAUUCAGACAAAGCGUCGAUGUUAGACGAGGCGAUCGAGUAUAUGAAGGCCUUGCAGAUGCAGAUUCAGUUGAUGUGGAUGGGGAGGGGGAUGGCGCCGAUGAUGCUUCCGGGCAUGCAGCACUACUUGUCGCGUGUAGGUAUGGGAAUCGGGCCGCCAACCAUCAUGCUGCCGGGGAUCCAUAACCUAAUGCGCUUAUCGCGCUUGCCCCCAGUUGAUCAAGCUACGAACGGAGUGAGCCAAGCUCCAGUCGGGAUGCCGAAUCUGGUUAUGCCUAUGCGGAGCUCGAGUUUUCAAGAGCAGUAUGCUAAUUACAUGAACUUCCAGUCGAUGCAAAGUGCUUCGCCUCAGAUUUCUACUGGCUGAAGAGUUCAUCAACUGAUACUCUGAUCAUUCGAACCAGGAGACCUCCCGGCUACCACGGUUUCUCACAUAGCAAUCAGUACCUCGUCCCAGCAAACAUCGACAGGGGAGUUCCACAGAAGCAGAUGC